GAUUUUCAGGAUGAAUCUGGAAAAACUCAGCAAACCAGAACUACUGACGCUGUUUAGCAUUCUUGAGGGAGAAUUAGAAGCAAGGGAUCUUGUCAUAGAAGCCUUAAAGGCCCAGCAUAGAGAUACGUUCAUUGAAGAACGCUAUGGAAAGUACAAUAUCAGUGAUCCACUAAUGGCUCUGCAGAGAGAUUUUGAGACCCUCAAAGAAGGAAAUCAUGGUGAAAAGCAACCUGUCUGCUCCAAUCCAUUAUCUGUUUUGAAAGUGGUGAUGAAACACUGCAAGAAUAUGCAGGAAAGAAUGUUAUCCCAACUCGCUGCUGCAGAAAGCAGGCACAGAAAGGUGAUCCUGGACCUGGAGGAAGAAAGACAGCGUCACGCGCAGGACACGGCGGAGGGGGACGACGUCACCUACAUGCUGGAGAAGGAGAGGGAGCGGCUCACGCAGCAGUUGGAGUUUGAAAAAUCUCAAGUGAAAAAGUUUGAAAAGGAACAGAAGAAGCUGUCGAGCCAGCUGGAAGAGGAGAGGGCACGCCACAAGCAGCUGUCCUCCAUGCUUGUGGUGGAGUGCAAGAAAGCCACUGCCAAAGCAGCUGAGGAGGGGCAGAAGACAGCAGAACUGAGCUUGAAAUUGGAAAAAGAGAAGAGUAAGGUGAGUAAACUGGAGGAGGAGCUGGCAUCCAAGAGGAAGCGGGGUUUGCAGAUGGAAGCACAAGUAGAAAAGCAGCUCUCGGAGUUUGACAUUGAAAGAGAACAGCUGAAAGCCAAGCUGAACAGAGAAGAAAACCGUACCAAAGCCCUGAAAGAAGAGGUGGAGUGUCUGAAGAAAUCCCUGAAAGAGCUGGAGGCUUCUUGCCAGGAGCCCAGUCCUGCCGAGCCUGUGCAGCCAGGGCCCUCAGUGAUGUCCCGAAGUGUCACAACCGACAGCCCCACGGUGAGGUCCGUGUCCUGCCAGACCGAGGGCCUGCAGGCAGACAGAGCGGGCGCCGCCAGCGCCGGCAGGGCUGCACACACCGCGUGUCCCAGCCCCGCCACCGCCGCUCACUCCUACGCGAAAUCCAACGGGCACUGCGGCUCCGACGCGCACGCGGGAAGCGAGCUGCCGCACACGGACGCAGCGGAGAACCAGGCUCCCAAGGAGAAGCCUGGUGCAGCCCCGGAGAGCGCAGCCGAGAAUGGAAGUUCUCCCGUCAGAACGGAGUCCCCAGUGCCCCUGCUGUCCCAGCUGCCCUCCGGCGGGGCCUCCCUGUCCCCCGGCAGCACGGCCGCCUCCUCGCUGACACCCUCGCCCUGCUCCUCGCCGGUUCUCACCAAGCGCUUGGUGGCAGCCUCGGCGGGCAGCCCUGGUUACCAGUCGUCCUACCAGGUGGGGAUCAACCAGCGCUUCCACGCCGCCCGGCACAAGUUCCAGUCUCAGGCCGAACAGGAGCACCAGUCGAGCGGUCUGCAGAGCCCCCCGUCAAGGGAUUUGUCUCCAACUCUAGCAGAUAACUCUGCUGCCAAGCAGCUCGCCCGCAAUACAGUCACUCAGGUGCUUUCCAGAUUUACCAGCCAGCAGGGAUCUAUUAAACCAGUCUCCCCGAAUAGCUCCCCCUUUGGCACGGACUAUCGAAACCUGGCAAACGCCGUGAGCCCCAAAAGUGAGUCUGGUCACUCUCCGAGCGCAGGCAAGGUUUCCAGUCCGCUCAGCCCUUUGUCUCCUGGAAUUAAAUCUCCAACCAUUCCUAGAGCAGAAAGAGGGAACCCACCACCCAUUCCUCCAAAGAAACCUGGCCUUGCUCAGUCACCUGCUGCUCCUGCUCCAGGAACCAAAGCAGCUCCUCAGGCGUCUUCCCUAGGUGCCCCCAUGGACGUGGCAAGUAGCUGCUCUAACAACACUGUAGUGUCGAACGGCAAAGACAUUGAGAUCCUCCUGCCAACCAGCAGCUAGUCUGCACAAAAUGUGAAUGUGACAUUCCAGGGCUUAGCAUCCUAGAGCUAAGACACUGUUUUUCCACUCCAUGUUAUUUAUUUCCAUAGAAGCAGAGUCUGUCUGUAUAAAGCAUUUAGUAUAUUUUUCUUUUUUAAAUAGGUAGGGAAAUAUUUUUGUUUAUGAAGAAACCUUAACUACAGCUAUACAGUAGCCUCAAGUGUCUCAUGGCAGCAGUCAAAUCAUCCGAGAUGACAGGAAUUGUAAUCAUGUGCUGGGACCUAACCAUCAAACUAUAAUGGGACUGAAAUGCUACUUUUAAAUUAUGCAGAAACUUGUGCAGACUUUUUACUCCAGAUGAACAUUUUAUUAAAAGUGCCUGAACUAA